AUGGGCCUUCCACUGAAGGAGCUCCGAAGAUUGAAGGACCAGUUUCAGGAUGAGGAAGGUCAGCCAGUCAAGCUGGACGAAGAGCAGUUUGUUGAUGCACUGCUCUCCCGGCUGACGGGCUCCAUGUCAACAUCACAAGCCGAGCGGCGGCGGUGGGAGGGAGAGCUCCGGACCUUGUUCAAGAAGAUCGAUGCCAGUUGCUCCCAAAGCGUAACCUGGGAGGAGUUCACGAACUACAUGCUCUUCCAUGCUCCGGGCUUCAACUCUUCAGAUGGCGCUUGCGAGCCGACCCACAACGCUGCAGCCGAAGCGUUGGCGGGCGCCUGGCAGUGUGGCCACAUGGACCGCUACAUUCACGAAGCGCGAGAUUCGAAGUCACCUUUCAUGCAUCCUCCAUGCUCGUAG